AUGAAGGAAGUAAAGUUAGUGAAGGAACCAAAGUUAGUGAAGGAACCAAAGUUAGUGAAGGAACCAAAGUUAGUGAAGGAACCAAAGUUAGUGAAGGAACCAAAGUUAGUGAAGGAACCAAAGUUAGUGAAGGAAGUCAAAGCUUGUACUGUGAACUCUGUACUUGUGUGUGUGACAGGUGGAGAGGUGGCUGAGGAAUGCUCUGAGGGAGAGCUGAGCUUCUCGUGUGAAGCUCCUGGCGAGGAGGUGAUCAUCAGGGAAGCUUGGCUCUACGGCUCCAGUGUCAUGACCAAGGUUGACCUAGGACUCGGGGAGAAGUGCCACGUGCCAGAGUACAACCUCCAGUACAAGAAGGGAUCCCUCCUCCAGUACAUCAACAAACAGUGCGGGGGCCAGGCUGAGUGUAAGUUCAGUUUGGAGAACCACGUACCAUCAGCACUCCAAGUCCAGGACCAGUGGGAGGGAGGUGUACUCUGGGCCGUCUACCAUUGUGUUCACAAGUCCGAGUUUUACCGAGUGUGUGGGAGUGAGGUGUAUGCUCAGUCUGGCUGGGUGCAGAGCAUUGGAUACCCACAGUAUUACCUUGGUGAACCAGCAGUGUGCACCAUCACUCUUCGUGUGGAUGACAAGCAGCGCAUUCAGCUAACUAUCACUGAUCUUAACAUCAGGGAGAUUGUCUCUCCGAAUGAAGUCAGUUGCCGAGACAGUUUAUCAGUGACGGAGGGAAGCAAGCAGCUGCUGCAUCGCUGUGAAGAAACUAAAGUGCCUCUCAGUAUAACCUCAGAGGGACCGGAGCUUAACAUUACUCUCACUGCAACGACAAAUUUAUUUCCUAAACGGGGAUACAUUGCUCAUUUUCAAGCUCUGGGAUGCAAGACGCCCUCCACUCCUCAAGAUGGUUACCUGAUAUUCCGAAAUGCCACCCAUGCUGAGUACUGUUGCUGUGUACAUCAUGUGUUCCCUGAUACACUUGCUCGACAACGCUUUCUCCAGUGCAACAAGUUACACGUAUGGAAUGACACACUUCCUGACUGCAUUGAUCUUGAAGAACUUCUGGAAGAUGGCAACAUUACUGAGAUACAGUUUCACAAUUUGAUCAAUGGAAGCACCACUUACGCUCAGGCAGAAAUGCUACGUCAGGCACAUUUGGUCUAUGAUCUGGUAGUGCCAACAGUGAUUAUGACUGUGCUGGUUCUUGGCAAUGUUGCGGUUGUCUUUCUGAUCAUUUACUGCCGCAGGUAAAUUAUUAUUAUAUUCACAAUUAUUAUUAUAAUAUAACCAAGCGCUAAACCCAUAAGGGUCAUAUAGCAAUUCUUUUCACAAAAAAAGCUAAAUGUCACAGUUAAAUAUAACUAUAUUGCACAACUUGAGUAGAUGUUGAUGUCUAAUGUAAUGGUCGCUGGUUCAGUAGCUUUAUUAUAUACCCAUCUCAUUACAAUAUCCUUUAUCAUUUUGGACAUUAUUAGCUUUCAGUGACUCUGAACUUGUGAUCUCACACACAUUGUUGUCAAUCUUCCGCUCAAUGCUUUCUCUCUGAUCAAUUUUUGAUGCUGCAUCAGAGUAACCUUGAUCCUUGAAAUGUACACUGACUGUUGUACAUGAGUAUUUUAAGAUAAAAUUCAGUCUUGUAAUAGAGGAAGCCCUCAAAAUGGGAUGAUAGUUGAAAAUAAUAUUUGAAUUUUAUUUAAAAAUACAUUACUGUAUUUGUUAUUCAAAAUUCUUCCUUGUUCAGAAAUUCAGUUUAAAUAAUAGUAUGUCCAAAAUUCACAUGUUUUAGAAUAAGAUAAAAUAUUAACCUGUAAACGGUCCAAAC